GCCAAGCCCAGUGUGUUGGAUUUAAAUGGUCCAGUUUUGAGACAUUUGCCUUGCUCAACUGAGCAUUGGCGCUAAGCCCUGGGAUUUCACCUCGUCCUUGAGAGACCAGCGCAAAUCAACCCCAAAUAAAACAUCCCGAACCUUUUCACCUCUCCCGCCGGAACGGAUGGUCGUUUUCCUUCGAGACACGUGGACGACGCCGUACACAAAAAUAGGAGCCGAAGAGCCGGAGACUCUAUAGAGGGACUCAGACUGGGUGGGAGGAGAUCCUAGCAGUUAAAAGGACCCACCGCAGGUCACGACCACACACUGCAUAUCAGCUGGCUAUUUCUGAAGGGGCCAUUGUGCAUGAUUUCUGUCCAGAAUCCACAGUAAAAGGGUUCAGCUGCUCACCGAUGGGUUUGUGGUUUGAAGACGUGCAGCACUCAUCUCUUUCACAUCCUUUUUAGGUGGAGACAGAACUAUUUCAGCACAAGGGGCCUCAACACAACUGACUGAUUUUCCAUCGCUAAAUCCAAACACAAAUUCACACUUUCUAGAGGAGCAAUGAAGACAGGAGAAGCUGAAGACAGGAUGUCUUCCAAGCGACCAGCCUCUCCAUAUGGGGGAACAGAUGGAGAGGUAGUCAUGGCGACGAGCAGACAGCGAUUGGAGGAUGAAGAGGUUGACGGACAUGCUGUCAUUCACCUGCCCCUGAGUUCGUACUGCAGCAAAGUGUCACCGCGAUCUCCUCGCUUGCUCGACAGUCCCCCAACACUACACGCUAACAUGGAACAGGAUGGCAGUAAAGGCCUGGACCUGAGCCCCUACCCCCAGCACAACUCGUCUACCUCACCCAGUAAACAGCAGCAGGAGGAGGGGUCCAUGCGGCCGGGGAGUGAGCCCAGCUCCGCCGCAGCUCUGGGAACCCCGGAACGACGCAAAGGCAGCCUGGCCGACGUGGUUGACACGCUCAAACAGCGCAAGAUGGAGGAACUGAUCAAGAAUGAGCCAGACGAGGCCCCCAGCAUUGAGAGGCUGAUGUCUAAGGACUGGAAGGACAAGCUGUUGGCCAUGGGUUCUGGUAACUUUGGAGAGAUCAAAGGAACCCCGGACAGUCUGGCGGAGAAGGAGCGCCAGUUGAUGGGGAUGAUCACACAGCUCAGCAGUCUUAGAGAGCAGCUACUGGCCGCCCAUGAGGAGCAGAAGAAACUGGCCGCCUCACAGAUCGAAAAACAGCGCCAACAAAUGGAGCUCGCAAAACAGCAACAAGACCAGAUUGCACGACAACAGCAGCAACUUCUGCAGCAACAACACAAAAUCAACCUCCUACAGCAGCAGAUCCAGCAGGUCCAGGGUCAGCUGCCUCCGUUGAUGAUACCUGUGUUUCCUCCAGAUCAGAGAACCUUGGCGGCUGCCGCGGCCCAACAAGGGUUUCUGAUUCCUCCAGGGUUCAACUACAAACCAGGCUGCAGUGACCCUUACCCUAUACAGCUGAUCCCUACUUCUAUGGCAGCUGCUGCUGCAGCAACGCCUGGCCUCGGUCCUCUUCAGCUCCAGCAGUUGUAUGCAGCUCAGCUGGCUGCCAUGCAGGUGUCUCCAGGGGCCAAACACAGCACAGUGCCUCAGGCCAACCUGGCAACCAGCACGCUCUCGCCCACCAGCGGCCAAAGCGAGAAAAACAGAAGCACCCCGCCACCAAAGCCCAAGGACGAGGGCGCUCAGCCCUUGAAUCUGUCGUCCAAGCCUAAGGCAUCUGAGAGCAAGUCACCCACCUCCCCCGCUUCCCCACAGGUCGCCACCCUGAAGCUGGGCCCCGGAUCCCUGAAGCACAGCGCCCCCUCCAGCAUCGGAGGACCGCCAUCCAGACUCAGCUCCAUAGAUCUGCUGUCAUCCAUCACCUCUGGCGGCUACCUGAACGACCAUGAGGCCGUGACCAAAGCCUUCCAAGAGGCGCGACAGAUGAAGGAGCAGCUGAAGAGAGAGCAACAGGUUCUGGAUGCCAAGGUGGCGGCAGUCAACAGCCUGGCGCUCAACAAUGAUAAAGCAGCUCUGGAGAGCUUGAGCCAGCAGUUAAAGCAGUCUGAAGAGAGCAAGUUCACUCACGCUAUGAUGGACUUUGGCAUUAGUGGCGAUUCUGAUGGAAGUCCCAGUGUGUCAGACUCACGGAUCUUCAGAGAGGCUCGAGGGCGUGGCAGCAGUGAGCCGCACAUCAAGAGACCCAUGAAUGCCUUCAUGGUCUGGGCUAAAGAUGAGAGGAGGAAAAUCCUACAGGCUUUCCCUGACAUGCACAACUCUAAUAUCAGCAAGAUCCUUGGUUCUCGCUGGAAGUCCAUGACAAACCUGGAAAAGCAGCCAUACUAUGAAGAACAGGCCCGUCUUAGUAAGCAGCACCUAGAAAAAUACCCUGACUACAAAUACAAACCAAGGCCCAAACGCACCUGCCUGGUGGAUGGCAAGAAACUGCGCAUCGGCGAAUACAAGGCCAUCAUGCGCAACCGCAGACAGGAAAUGCGGCAGUAUUUCACUGUAGGGCAGCAGACCCAGUUGCCCUUGUCCUCAGCGGGUGUUGUGUACCCGAACACACUCUCGAUGGCAGGAAUGCCAUCUCCACAGAUUCCCUCUGAGCACUCAAGCAUGUCCAGUAGCCCUGAACAUGCCCCGCCCAUCAGCCAGCACUCAUACCUCAGUGCCCACAAAGGGGAGCGGCCUCGAGUGAAGGUGGAGGAUCUCCGAAUGGACGGCGGCAACGGUGACGCAUAUGAUGACUUUGACUACGAAGACGAUGACGCCGACUAUGGCAGUGACAGCGAGAACCACAUCGCUCAGUAAACAUGCCAGUCACAGCCAUCUCAGCCAUUAACAUGCAUCUUACACAACAAAACUUUGUUCCGUCCCCAUACACCUUCCAAUCAGGACUCCUCCAGAGCCAAGUCCCUCCCACGGGAGUCUCGAUAAUGCAGCAAAGCACAGGACCUGUCAAUCAAAAUGACUGUUACAUGAAAAGGAGGGUCUUGUAGAGGAAGUGCAAAACUUGGCAUUUGACUCCGGAGCGAACAUACUACGGCAAGUUCGUAUUGAAUCACGAGUAAGCUACGACAACAGGAAAAAUUGUGACCAGUUUGUUAAUGAGACAUUUAUUACAAAAUGAAAACACGGACCUGUCAGUUGACCUAUCAUAGACACUUUAAAAUGGUGGACCUGUAUGUUUCUAAAAAGACACUUUUAAAACAGCUUUUUUCUUGGUUCUAUAAUAUUCUCACUCAGGUACACAGUGCCAACAAGUGGCUUGUGAAUGUGAUUUUGUUGUUUUUGUGCUACAGUUUUAGUAGAGAAAAAAAUACAUUUAUUUUCCUCUUCACCGUAAAAGCACCUGACAGGAGUCACGACAAACAUUUCCUAUUUUCUGAAUCUUUCUGUCACCCUCAUGUCCAUGUCCUCUCACAGUCAACGAUGUCUUUUCUUUUGGACGAAAGGAUGGAAGGGAGGACUCAAUUCCCUUCACUCAGGAGUCUGAACAAAUGCUGGAUGACAGACAAUCCCUCCUUCCUCACAUCUUUUCCUCUUGACACACUUUUACUUUUUCCUCUUCUCUGUGUCUCUGGACAUCGACGUGUCUCUCUCUCAGGUGUGGAGACAAACUUUAUGAGAUAGCACAAACUUUGUGUUUGGUGAACAGCUGAGAUGGCGAUGGUUGUCGAGGAGAGUGAGGCCUCGAGCUGAAUCAUUGUAUGCGUGCACAUUUCGUUAAGUUUGUAAUUCCUUACAUGUGUGUGGAUGAAUGCGCCUUUCAUAGAUUUUAAGUUUAUUUUUAUUACAUGUAGACGGUUGAUGUGCUGGUCAUAUGAACAUUUAAAAGCAUUCAAUAUACAGUAUACAGUAUGUAAUACAGCAGACAGAGACAUGCGAAAGUAAACCAAACAUUUAAUAUUGGCACUGCAUUAGUGCAGAGCAUCACAAAAUGAGGUAGAUCGGACAUGUGCCACGCUUCAUUCCUUCGUUCCUUCCUACUUCUUUUCUUCCUUCUUUUCUUCCUCCUCCCUUCCUUUUUUUGCUUACACCUUUCCUUCUUUGCUUCAUCAUACUUUCCUUCCUUGCAUCCUACUUCCUUCCUUCUUAAUACUUAUUUUUGUCUUUCUUUUUCUUUCUUUCUUUCUUUCUUUUUUCUGAAGAGCCUGUGCUUGAAUGGCAUAUUGAAGGAGGAGAAAAAGAGUUUCAGAGUCGUGCCAGCAGUGAUUUGCUCCCUGUGUGGCUUACACUGUCCCACUCCAUCUUAUGCACCUGUGUGGCUGCUGUUGGCACAGCAAUGCCAUUUGAUUGACGGCUGCCCUAACUGUAACUACAUUGCCAGCCUCUCACUGGCCUGGUGUGGGCAUGAGCGGGCAGCUGGAUGGGAGAGAAACACAAGCUGUUUAGUGAACAUCAGCCAGAUACAUCUCUCGCUGUCUGCUCUCCUAUACUUCUACACAGAAAAAAAAAAAGAAAAAAAAAAAUUAUUUUUUUCGUAUUCGGUAAAAACCAGUAAAACUUGUUUUCCAGUAAAAAGUUGUGAAAUAAAAGUGUUUUAUUGUGUAAGAUUUGUUUUCAGAGAAUAUAUCUUGAUUAUUAUCUUACACAAUUUUCUUCUCAAAUAAAUUUAGCUAUUAUUAUGGAUUUUUACUGGAAAACAAAAAUGAUUAAUAUGAUUCUUUUGCACUUAAAAGCCCUACACAGCACAAAUCAAAUGAUAUAUUCAGAUUGCAUACAUUUAAUACAAUAUACAAAUAGUAUAUUUGCUUUGCUAGAGACAUAAUUUACACUUUAACACUCAAUCUUACCAAAUGCAUUCGACUUAGUCUAUUAUUAUUAUUUUUUGGUUCAGUCAGAUCCAGCUCUGUCUGUAACAGUCAUUUAUAUUUGUGUUUGACUCCAUGUCAGCGUCACUCUGCUGUCGAGGUUGAGAGGAGCUGUUUCAGACUCUGCAUGUCAAUGUUUUAGUUUGUAUUUGCAAAUACUGUAUUUUAUUUUCAUUAAACAUCCUCUAGUGUAAUAAUAUUAUUAACAUUAAUUAUAAGAAUAGGCAGCAUUUCCUAAGUUUAGUAAGUUAUGUACAGUUUAAUUUAUUAUUUUCUCCAGUUGGAUUUUUUUUAUGAUCGUAUGGAAACUGCGCUUGAUAAAGCAUUAUAUUUAGCUGGGUAGUUAUUUAGAUCUCAGUAUGUUUCAUUUUAUUUGAAUUUUUUUUCCAGUUUUUUAUUUUUGUUUUUUUAUUAAUCCUGUUUUGACGCUGGUAUAUCUCUGAGAAAGUGGUCACGGUGAACUGCUGACAUGAAGGAAAAGAGACUCUUCUCUUUUUUUAUCAUUUUCUUUUCUCAUCCGUGCAUCAUUCAUGAACUCCAAACACAUUUCUUAAAGCACUAGGACUCUGGAUACUCAGAGAAAAACAUAAGAAGAACAUGAUACUUUUAUUUGUAAUGGUUUAUGUAUAAUGUGAAGUUUAGGUUCCUAUCUGUUGACAUCUCUUUUUCUUUUUACUAAAGAUAAAGAAAAUUAUAUUAUACCCCUGUUGAUAUUGAACAGAAUGAGCGUGGAUCUUGUUUACUGAGGUUUGUCAUCCUCUUACGAUUCAUUGGAACAUCAUUGGUUUGGACUAAUGCGUUUGUAUACCUACUGUGUUUUAAAGUACAGUUCAGAUCAGGGUUACAAUUCAGAGCAUCUGACUCUUGAAUCUAAACACAGAACCUUUCUGAAUUAGUAGUCAGAUUGUCUGAUUCCAGUGAAGCUCCAGUGAAUGGCCAUAUUUCUAUCUGUUAGACUCCAGAAUUGUUUUAGCUCCACACUAUGUCUCCCUCUGUCAAUCAAACACAGAAUGGUGAUGUCACAAUCAUAAAAUAGCAGCCAUCUGGUGUGACCAUGUUUUCUUAUGUAGAAAUUCCCACAAUCCUAUUAAUCGGACACAUAUGCUAGAGGAAGGACUGGCUGGUUUAUCAUACAGGGUCACAUUGUGUCAGUUAUCUGUCGACACGGUAACAUCAUGGUUUUAUAUACACAUAAAUAUGAGAUGAAUUUGAAGAUUGUGACAAUGAUGAUUACCUGUAUUAUGAACAAUAAUAGAUAAGACAAUCAAAGUCAUGUGUGGAGCGCAAAACAAUAUUAAACGACGACAAACAAAAAGUACUUAGAUACUUAUCUUACCAUCUCAACUUGAAAAUCGAGAAAGAUAAUUAUGUAAAUAUAGCAUAGAGUUAUAGAUUUAUAUUUUGUUCAUAACACAGUGUAAUAUAAGUUGUAUAUUUCUUUCUCUCUUUUAUUGAUGUUAUUCAUGCCACAAUAAAAGCAAGAGUUACUGAACUCUUAUGGAAAAAAAGAAAAAAAAGCAAGCCGUGGGUUACCACCAUCUGUUCUAAGUUGACGUUUUUCAGUAUUACUGCCAGUCAAGGCUCAAAUAAAAACAGCAACGUGUUCUGUA